GCGGCGGAUGCAAUAUCCAACAAGAAUCCAAGUGUUUAAAAUGGACUUGCUACAACUAAACGACGAUUGUUUGGAUCUUAUAUUUAGCUACCUAAGCUUUAAUGAACUAUGGUCGCUCUACGAUGAAGUUCAAGGUUUCAAUGAGGCCAUUGAAAGACAACUCCAUCGGUUUAAGGAUUUUAAGUUCAGCAUGCGACAACCCCCUGCUUUCAAAGAAGAUCUUAUUAUAAAGCUUGGUCGUCAUCUAAACAGCCUCCACAUCAACGUGGGCUACUCCACCAAGGAUGAAGAUGUUGUCCGAUACCUGAACCCAUUGUGCCAAGGUGCCUCGGAUACUUGUCGAAUGAAAGCUUUAAAGUUGGACCAUGCCAAGUGGUCAAUUGAUAUUUUAGGAGCCGUAGGUAAAGUCGUUCCAUCUCUGCUAUUUUUGGACAUGCGUCACUGCGAUGUUCGAGAUUUCCAGAUAGAACAGCUCUUGGAAUCGGCAGAUAAGUUAAAGGCCCUCGCUCUUCUUCAUGUCAACAAUCAGACGGGUGAUUCUUAUCUGCAACCAAAAAUACUCAACAGGUUGCCUUCCCUAAAACUCAUUCACAUAACUAUCUUAGGUCCUGAACCCUUCUCCCCCGAGAACUUGUCACAGCAGUGCCCAAACAUCAGUUUUCUCAUCACGGACCUAAUAAAAAGCGAUUUCAAGAUAUAUGGUCCACCAGCUUACUUACAAAACUAUUACAAGUACUACAAUGAGUACUUUAAAAUGACUUAAAUGCUCUUUAAAGUCAUACGAAAAGAUCUCAGUGAAAUCGGAAGUUGAUACCUCCAAAAUGUUAAAAAAAA